CCUGCGUGGUCUGUCCCUCCAUUCGAAUCCCUCCUCCCCCGCAGCACACCGUCUUGGGGUGUGAAAAACAGAACGCUAUGAGGGACCGAACGCACGAGCUCAGAGAGAAAGAUGACGACUCGGACAAUGAAGAAACUGAACUUGUGGCUCUGGUCAUGCAGCCAGGAUCAGCGAAAUUCAAUGACUUUUCAGAUCCCACUGAUGCAUUCUUCCAAACGACUGCUGGCAUUCGUGAAGCCUUGAAAACUCUGGAAAACAAAGUGAAAGAUCUCGAGAAGCACCAGACUACAAUUUUGGCCACGCCACUCCCUGAGGAUAGCAUGAAGGAAAACCUACAAAGGCUACGUGAGGAAAUCAGGGAGUUGGCAAAAGACAUCCGGACCCGCCUGAAGAAAAUUGAGCCCAAGAAGGACGGAGAAGACGAGAACAGAAAUUCCGUCAACACCCGCAUGAAGAGGACGCAGCAUGGUAUCCUGUCCCAACAAUUUUUGGAUCUUAUCAACCAGUGCAACUCCAAACAAUCGGAGUACCGGGACCGGAAUCUGGAGCGCAUCAGGCGACAACUGCAGAUUACUGGCAGCGGGGUGGUAUCGGAUGAGCAGCUGGAUCAGAUGCUGGAGAGUGGUCAGACGGAGGUGUUUGUCUCGAAUAUCAUGAAGGACACACAAGUGACGAAGCAGGCGCUGAACGAAAUUGAGACGCGGCACAGCGAAAUCCUCAAGUUGGAGCGCAGCAUCCAGGAGCUACACGAAAUGUUCAUGUACCUGGCCACAGAGGUGGAGCUGCAGGGAGAGAUGGUUGACAGAAUAGAGAAGAACAUUCUGGACUCGGAGGACUAUGUCAAAAAAGGGCAGGAACACCUUAAUACAGCCCAGGAAAACCAGAAGAAAGCUCGCAAGAAGAAGUUCAUGAUUGCCAUCUGCCUGACGAUCACACUGCUCAUCAUCUUCGCCAUCAUCGCCGUAUCCGUUAUUGUUGGCUAGAGGGGGUUCCAGUUCUGCCUCUCCCUUCACGCGGCAUUGUUGGAGCCCUAUGGGUUCCUUUCUGGCUUCAUCUCCAUUUUGGAACUGCUGCCCCCUGCUGGGGAGGCCUUUGCACUGACAGAUGGCUGGUGGAGACGCCUCCGGCCUUCGCCCAGUCCUGAAAGCACACGCUGCCUGUGGCUGCCUCCUCUCCUUCGCCAGAACCAAGGAUUCCCCACCCUUUUUCCUACAUCCAGAACUAUCUCCAGGUGCUUGUAAAUUUUCAUGGUCUAGAGCAAUCCCUGUGCUGUGUUGGUUUCGGCCUUCCUAGUUUAUUCCUUUUUUUGUGGCUUGUAGCAUUUUGGGUUCCGGCUGUGCUGCUUCCCCCAUGAAUUUUGUGGCCUUGACUCAUCUACAUUCAAAUGGACAUUUCUUCUUUUUUGCCAGUUCCUUCUCUGUUUCCUCAGCUGUAUCCUACCUGCCCCCCUCCCCGUGAACUCAGCGCAGACCAUCACGUUGAACAGCCCUAGUUCUCCCUCCCUGAUCAUGGUAGCAGUUACCUUUUCUAGGAUUUUUUCCCCCUAGCCACUGCCUCGGGUAACUUCCUCUCGUUGCCGUAUUUCUUUUAUCACACUUCCUGCUUCAUGCCAUGUCACUUUUUUAAAGCUUCCCCCUUCCUACGUUGCUUGCUGCAUAUCUUCACUAGGGAGCAAAGGGACAGCUGGGUUUUCUGCAGAACAUGAGGUGGGGUCUUGGUGCUCCACACCCACCUACCCAACUUGGUCUGAUGUGCCUGUUAGAGAGGCAGCAGGGGACUUGAACCUGACUAUUUUCACCCUGCUGGCUUUUGGGGGUUUGGGAGGUAUCCUUGGUUUCUCUUCGCGGCCCUUGAUGGGGAUGUGGGGUCUGUUUCAGCUGAAGCAGAGGGCUGCAGACCGAGAUAUCUGGGUCCACAGUCGACUAAAAUGCCUGUCUGUUUUUGCCAAGCUCUUUUCCUAUUGCCUUCAGUUUUAAAGUUGAAACUGUCUGUGCCUCCUUCCUUUCAGUGUUGUCCCUUUCCCACGUGCCUUAAGAGUUGCGCCCGCACCCCUUGGUGAGCCUACGUAUUACCUUCCCCUCUCCUUGGGAUCCAUUUGUCCCCUUUUUUUAAACUUAAUGGAUAGAAAUCCCAUUGCCACCGUUAAAAGUAUUGGGACAAAGCCACAUGAACGUCAUCUCUGCUCCCUCAGGAAACCUGAACCUUGAACUGGUUGGCUUGGAAGCAUGUCCAAGGGGCUGGCUGGAAUCAAGGUCUUGGAAGUGGGGUAGCAAGAAGAAGCAGCCAGGACACCUGGGGUGCGCUUGUCUGUCCGCUGUUCUAGUUGAAUCAGAUAGGGAAAUCAUGGAGGAAAUGGAAGCCAGGACCUUUUGGUCUUGUUCUUGAAAAUCUGAUAUUUUGCUACUUUAAAAAUAAAGGAGUCUGUCUAAAUCAAAGCCUUGAGUAAUGUUCCAGUUGCCUUGGAGAUUGAAUGUAUUAAAAAGGGGGGAAAGCAGCCUGACUCAAAUUAUUUUGUAAUAUAAAAAUAAAAGCACUUUUAAACAUG